GGCGGCGGCGGCGGGGCGGGCUCGGCGGCGCUGUGCCUGCGCCUGGGCGGGGAGCCGCGGCGCUACUCGCUGUGGGACUGCCUCUGGAUCCUGGCCGCCGUGGCCGUGUACUUCGCGGACGUGGGCACGGACAUCUGGCUCGCCGUGGACUACUACCUGCGCGACCAGCGCUGGUGGUUCGGGCUCACGCUCUUCUUCGUGGUGCUGGGCUCGCUCUCCGUGCAAGUGUUCAGCUUCCGCUGGUUCGUGCACGAUUUCAGCACCGAUGACAGCGCCACGACCGCCGCCUCCAGCUGCCCGCAGCCGGGAGCCGAUUGCAAGGCUGUGGUCGGCGGAGGGGCGGCCGCCGGGGAAGGCGAGGCUCGCCCCGCCACCCCGCAGAGGCAAGCGUCUAACGCCAGCAAGAGCAACAUCGCGGCCACCAACGGCGGCGAGGCCACCCGGGCCGGCAGCAAACACAGGUCUGCGACCUGCUCCUUCUGCAUCUGGCUCCUGCAGUCCCUCAUCCACAUCUUGCAGCUCGGGCAGAUCUGGAGAUAUUUCCACACAAUAUACUUAGGCAUCCGGAGCCGGCAGAGCGGGGAGAACGACCGCUGGAGGUUUUACUGGAAAAUGGUGUACGAGUACGCGGACGUGAGCAUGCUGCACCUGCUGGCCACCUUCCUGGAGAGCGCGCCCCAGCUCGUGCUGCAGCUCUGCAUCGUCGUCCAGACGCACAGCUUGCAGGCCCUGCAAGGCUUCACUGCAGCAGCAUCCCUCGUCUCCUUGGCAUGGGCUCUGGCCUCCUACCAGAAGGCACUGCGUGACUCCAGAGAUGACAAGAAGCCCAUCAGCUACAUGGCCGUCAUCAUCCAGUUCUGCUGGCACUUCUUCACCAUCGCCGCCAGAGUCAUCACCUUCGCGCUCUUCGCAUCCGUGUUUCAGCUCUACUUUGGCAUCUUCAUCGUCCUCCACUGGUGCAUCAUGACCUUCUGGAUCGUCCACUGUGAGACAGAGUUCUGCAUCACCAAGUGGGAAGAGAUCGUGUUCGACAUGGUGGUGGGGAUCAUCUACAUCUUCAGCUGGUUCAACGUCAAGGAGGGCAGGACACGCUGCAGGCUGUUCAUUUACUAUUUUGUGAUCCUCUUGGAAAACACAGCUUUGAGUGCACUCUGGUACCUCUACAAGGCGCCCCAGAUAGCAGAUGCCUUUGCCAUCCCAGCACUUUGUGUGGUGUUCAGCAGCUUUCUCACGGGCGUUGUUUUUAUGCUGAUGUAUUAUGCCUUUUUUCACCCCAACGGGCCAAGAUUUGGGCAGUCACCGAGUUGUGCGUGUGAGGACCCCACUGCCGCCUUCUCUCUGCCUCCAGAGGUGGCCACAAGCACCCUCCGGUCCAUCUCCAACAACCGCAGCGUCGCCAGUGAACGCGAUCAGAAAUUUGCAGAGCGCGAUGGAUGUGUACCGGUCUUUCAGGUGAGGCCCACUGCCCCAUCGACCCCGUCAUCGCGUCCACCACGGAUUGAAGAAUCGGUCAUUAAAAUUGACCUGUUCAGGAAUAGGUACCCAGCCUGGGAGAGACACGUGUUGGACCGAAGCCUACGAAAGGCCAUUUUAGCCUUUGAAUGUUCCCCAUCUCCUCCAAGGCUACAGUACAAAGACGACGCCCUAAUUCAGGAACGGUUGGAAUAUGAAACCACCUUAUAAAGUGAAAGCACUUGCAGGAGCCACAACGUCCAGAUGAAGGGGUGACAGCGGGGCUGGGGCAAUAGUAAUACUUCAUCCUGUAGGGCAGUGAGCUCUAACGUGUAGUCCGGCCAUCCUCAUAACUGUGACUGAUCGUCCAUCAGCGCCUGCCUGUGGCUGGGCUCCUUUCUAACUAGCAGCACUAAAAGCGCCUUCCUCCACCCCAAGGAGCCAGCUUCCUAUGACUGCUGCCGCCAAACUCCUCCUGCAGCCUGGGAACGCCCCCACCAGAGGGUACUAUCACUAGGGAAAGUGUCUCCAACCGCUAGAGUCUUUCACUGAUUUU